GGAGAGAGCGCGCAGAGCUUUCUGUACAUCAGCGCUUUUCCGCUUUCUGGCUACUCUCUGGUGUGUCCGGGGGAGAAAGCGGAAGGAAUAUGGUCGUUCCAUCUCGCGCCCCUCCCGCUGCAGCACUGUCAUAAAAGAGCUCUCGAGCGGGUGUCUGGGGUUCGGGCUCGUACUUCGUGUAGUGAAUUACCAGGAUUACUGUCUUUCCCGUUAAACGCGGUAGUCCCUAUAGCAGGAGCGGACCGUCACGGGAACAGAUGGUGGAGGCGGUGGUAGAGUAUAAUUAUGAGGCUCGGCAGGAGGACGAGUUGAGCCUGCGUCUGGGUGACGUCAUCACCAAUGUAACAAAGGAUGAUGGAGGAUGGUGGGAAGGCGAGCUACAUGGACGCAGGGGGCUGUUCCCAGACAACUUUGUCAGGGAGAUAAAAAAGGGGAUGAAGAGAGAGGUGGGGCCAAAAUCUGAUCUGUCCAAUGGCAGCGCAAGCCCAUUGUCUGAGCCCAGCCUACGACCAGCCAGGAAAGGGGAACAGAUUCGACAGAGGAGAUGCAAGGCGUCCUUCAGCUAUGUUCCUCAGAAUGACGACGAACUGGAGCUGAAGAUAGGAGAUGUCAUUGACAUACUGGAAGAGGUUGAGGAGGGCUGGUGGAAGGGGACUCUGAAUGGUAAGAUUGGGAUGUUCCCUUCUAACUUCAUCAAAGAGCUGGAGGACACACCCACUUCGCUAAACACAUCCAGUAGGUCGUCGCAGGAGGAGCUACGCAGCAGUCGGACCAGUAAAGACAGUCCUGGCAGCGAGAGUGACGGGGGGGAAAGUCGAUCGGACAGCGGAAAGAUUCAACCCAAGAAGGUCCGAGGGUUUGGGUUCGGCGACAUCUUUAAAGAACAACCCAUCAGACUGAGACCGGCUUCUGCAGACAUGGACGUGGAAGUAGAGAAGGCACAGGUUAGGAAAUCACCUUCUGAAACUAUGAAGGCGGAACCUGAGGGCAAGGUUAAAGGCCGUGAGCUGUGCAAGGUCAUCUUUCCGUACGACGCCCAGAACGAAGACGAGCUGUCAAUCAAGGAGGGAGAUAUCGUCACCAUCAUCAACAGGGACUGCGCUGACGUGGGCUGGUGGAUGGGGGAGCUCGGGGGCAAGAAGGGGGUGUUUCCCGAUAACUUUGUCAAGCUGCUCAUACCUGAUGUGGAGAAAGAGAGACCAAAGAAGCCACCCCCUCCCAGUGCCCCCUCAGCUAAACACACCACAGAGAAAAGGUCUGAGGUCAGGAAGGUACCUCCAGAGCGCCCUGAGCAUUUGCCUCAAAGACCACCUGACGACAACAAAGGUGAGGAGUUGAAGUUUGGAGAGAUCCCUAAGCCUGCCCUCCCAUCCAUUCCUCCAAAGAAGCCCCACCCACCAAAGACAGGCUCCUCCCACCUCCCUCCUCGACGCCCCGACAGACCUGAGAGACCUCCUACUGGGCCGUGUGAGAGCCAUAAGCCUGAGGGCGGGGCUGUGACUCCUGAUCCUGCCUCUGACAGGUCAAAAGACAUUGAUGUGGUUGACCUGGACUCAGUGGUAUUGUCAACAGAGAAACUCAACCAUCCGACCGCAACGCGACCAAGAGUCACCGACCGUAGACCACGCUCCCUUAUCAUCACCUCAUCUUCCCUCUCCAGUAUUGACCUGCUGGAUUCUCCUGUGGUGGGGGAGGAGUGGAAGGAGACGAAGGCGGAGGAGCAGGACUCCUUGGGUCUUAAACCAGUGGAUGUCUCCAAGAGAAAAUCCCAGACCAACAUUGCUGUCCCCGAUGGUAAGGCUGUGCUGCCUCCCAAGCCUACCGUCUUCCCCUCGCCUUCAACAGGAAGCCUGGCCCUCCGCUCCACCAGUCCCUGCCCUUCACCUGUAAAUUCCACCUCUCUAUGUAUAAACCCCUCCCCUGAGCCCAGGCCGACACCCACCCUGGAAGAGCUGAGAGGGCAGCUCAGAGAGCUGCGAGCCUCCGUAGAACUGCUGAAGAGCCAACACAGGCAGGAGAUGAAGCAGUUAGCUGGUGACUUGGAUGAGGAAAGGAAGAUCCGCAUUACUCUUCAGAUGGAUGUGGAGCAGAUCAAGAAGAGUUUAUCCAAAUGACCCAACACCGUUCCAGGUGCCAACUGAUGACAUCACCUGCUACGGCGUUCAGCCCGACUAGCUUGUGCCAAAUGACAAUAACAAAAAUGGCAGACGAUCCAAAUCCCGUCUGUCUGUCUGUUUGUUUAGCCGUGUUUAUCUUUUUGUUUCCUACGGUCUGAAGGGAGUGUGCCCUGCAUCUGGGGCGUGGCCUCACUGGUACUCACCUGUCUUUCACCAUGGUAGCCCAAAACACCUGGAACACAUUUUCCUGCUUAGCGUGUGUGCUUACAAGGUUUCCAUUGCAAAUCCUCACUGUGGCCUUCCCAUUUUAGACUCCUUCCUUUUUUCAGGUGAUAAAGAGAAAGUGUCCUGUUGUUUUAUUGACUUGGUCAUAGCUCUUCAGGAAAAUUAAAUAGACUUUUAUAUUGCAGUGUUCUGAAUAUGAAGAUUAUGGAUGUGUGACGAUUUUAAUAAUUAAAAAAGAA